UCUCCUGUCGGUGUUGAAAUCCGAAAAGUGCCAAAGCGUGGAGAAUACUGCUAUUUCCCGCCGUAUUUUACUUGUAGUGCGUCGUAAAGGCGGUGUGAAGUGUUGUGAAAGACAGUCCGUCAUUGUUAGAUAUGUGGAAUAACCAGAGUAGUUACAGCAGUUAUGACCAGGGUGGUGCAGAUGGGGGUCAGGCAGGAUACAUGUCCCCAGGGGGGUUCGGCACACCACAGCAGUCCCAGGAACGAAAGAGUCGAUCCCGCACACAAAGCAUCAUUCCCUGUACCAUAGCUCAGAUUCUCAACACCACGCAAGAAGAGGAUAACAAGUUUUUCUCAGGAGAGACAGAGAUUUCCCAGGUGACGAUAGUAGGACUGGUGAGGUCUGUGAAAGAGUCCUCGACAAGGAUAGACUACGAGAUUGAUGACAUGUCUGGCCCUCUUCUUGAGGUCAAGCAGUUUGUAGACAAUGAUGAGAAUGUGCCUGAUGAGGAGCGUGUGCAGGCCAUGAGAGAGAACACGUACGUGCGGGCCUACGGACACGUGCGAGCGUUUCAGGGAAAGCACAGUGUGGUGGCCUUCAAGCUCAUGCCUCUGACAGAUAUGAAUGAGUUGUCGUGUCAUUUGUUAGAAGUUGUUCACGCCCACAUGGUACUGUCCCAGCAAGGAGCGAGUGGCGGUGCUUCUACGUCUGCGUUUCCCACCCCAGGGGGUGCUAUGAACAUGGAUACGUCUGGGGGCCUCACAGGCACACAACAGCAGGUCCACACAUUAAUUAAGAACAAUUUUACAGAAGAAGGUGCAAACAUAGUUUCCAUUUGCCAACAGUUGAAAGGUGUUUCUGAGAAGGCUAUCAGAGAUGCAAUUGAAUUUUUGAGCAGUGAAGGCCAUAUUUACUCUACCAUAGAUGAAGACCAUUUCAAGGCCACAGACUCCUAAGCAGCUAGUGGAUCACUGGAUCUUUGGUUUUGUUCUUUAUUGUAAAUUGUCCACACUUCUGGAAGCUCCAUUUCUUGUCCACACUGUACAGGGUGUAACAUUGACAAUUCAAUGUUAACUUGCCAAUUUUUCUGUUAACCCACACCGUUCAUAGUUCAUAGCUGAAGAGAUAUACACAUAUCUGUGGUUCUAGAAGAAUAUUGGUGGUUCCAGAAGGAGUUGCAAUGUGUUUGUGGUUCCAGAAGGACUGGCAAUGUAUUUGUAGUUCUGGAAGGACUUGCAAGAUAUUUGUGGUUCCAGAAGGACGUGCAAUGUACUUGCCGUUCCAGAAGGACAUGCAAGAUGUUUGUGGUUCCAGAAGGACUUGCAAGAUAUUUGUGGUUCCAGAAGGACUUGCAACAUAUUUGAUUUCCCAGGAGAACUUGCAAAGUAUUUGUGGCCCUAGAAGGAUUUGCACCAUACAUGUACAAGUGAUUCUAUAAGAUAGUUUACAUGAGCCACAUUCUGGCAGAAGGCAGAUUUGGGCGUGUCAUGUGAUCGUGGCUGGCAGAAGGCAGAUUUGGGCGUGUCAUGUGAUGUGAUUGUGGCUGGCAGAAGGCAGAUUUGGGCAUGUCAUGUGAUCGUGGCUGGCAGAAGGCAGAUUUGGGCGUGUUGUGAUCGUGGCUGGCAAAAGGCAGAUUUGGGUAUGUCAUGUGAUCGUGGCUGGCCAUUCACAUGAAUGCAGAUUAUUUGUUAGUGUCCCCUUUAAUGCAACCUUUUAAGAAUGAGGCAUUUCUGUAGUGUUUUAAGAUUGAACCAUGCUCACAAUAAACCAGACACAUUCAUCACCAAUAAUAUUUACUUAUUGGAUUUGAAGGCGGAAGGCAGCCAGAUCAGACCAGACCAGACCAGACCAGACCAGUAUCAAGUUAAAUGCACUAGCACGAUGAUGUAAAUAGCCUGUAUCCAGUCCACAUUCUGUCACUCAUGAUACCAUCUCAUCCAGUCUGGUCAUUCUGUUUGCAGUCCGGGUAAAAAAAAGCAGACAUACAUUCUAACAAAGUCUGAUGAUGUUUUGUUGUGUCAAGAGUGGUGAACUAAACUCAUUAUAAGUGAAACUCCAAUUGAACAGUAAAUAAUAAAUCUCACCAUAAUGCUGGUUGUCGUCGCAUUAGUGAAAUAUUCCUGAGGAUGGUGUAAAACUCCAAUUGAACAGUAAAUAAUAAAUCUCACCAUAAUCCUGGUUGUCAUAUACAGGUGUGAAUGUGAAAUGUUUUUAGUUACGGCGUGACACAAGCACCAGUCAAAUAAAUAAGUGAAAUAAAUGAAUUAAGGGUGAUGGAUUCUGGUCUUACAUUCAUGUAAAUUCUGUGCCUAUGUUAUUUACCAUAACAUUACAAAAUUCAUCACUUUACUUCUUGUG